AUGAUGGAACAGGAAGCCGUACGACCACCACCUUCGGGCGCUCUUUCGCGCAUCGCUCAGAAGAUCACAUCGCCGCUGAAGACCCACAACCAGGCUACUACGACAUCUACGACAAAGACUACCGUCUACGAGAAGCAUAGCCCAAGAUCCAGCAAGACCAGCCAGUCUAGUAAAUCCAGCAAGUCCAGCGAUGGCAGAAGUCCAGCAACGAGCCCGGCGAGAAGCCCGGCCAGGAGUGGCGAGCUGAAGCGACAGGAACGGGGGCUCAAGCUCGAACGUCGAGAGCAGGAACAGCGAGAACUCGAGGAACGCCGCCGGCGAGAGUUCGAAGAGGCCCGCAAGAAUGAAGACGAAGAGACUCGCGCACGAUAUGGAGAGGGAAGCGAGGACGACUACCCCACCGAGCUCAACACCAUCGCCGAGGCCAGCCAGAUGGACGUCGGCUCCAAGGUCACCUUCCGCGCCAGAAUCCAUACACAGCGCAACAUCUCAAAGCACCUCGACUUCAUUCUCUUCCGCGACCAGACUGACACCAUCCAAGGCGUUCUGGCCAACGUCACACCGAACAUGGUGAAAUGGGUUCAGCGACUGCACCCCGAAUCCAUCGUCCAGGUCUCCGGCACCCUCAAGAAGCCCUUACAGGACGUCAAGUCCGCCUACCACCAUGAUGUCGAGGUUGACAUCUACUCGAUCCAUCUUCUCAACCCUGCGCAGGCGCCACCAUUCAGCAACUACAUGCCCCCGGAUAGCAUGAACAACAGACUCAACAACCGCGUCCUCGACCUGCGACACCCCUCCAACCAGGCCCUCUUCCGCGUCCGCGCCAUGAUCACCCGCAAAUUCCGCGAGACCCUCGACAACGACGGCUCCAUUGAGAUCCAAACACCAAAGUUGCAACCUGCAGCGACCGAGAGUGGUGCUGAGGUCUUCAAGCUGAACUACUUUGGGCGUCGCGCCUUCUUGGCGCAGAGCCCCCAAUUGGCCAAGCAGAUGGCCAUCUCUGCCGACUUUGGCAAAGUCUACGAAAUCGGCCCGGUCUUCAGAGCCGAAAACUCCAACACGCACCGGCACUUGACCGAAUACACCGGACUCGACAUCGAAAUGAAGAUUCACAAGCACUACCACGAACUUAUCAGGGUCCUCGACAAGGUUUUGAAGAAUAUCUUUACCGCCGUCAACGCCAUGCCCGAGCUUAAGAUCGUUCGCGAGAGGUGGCCAAGCGAAGACCUUGUUUGGUUGGACGAGACCCCGAUCAUUCCCUUCCCCGAAGGCCUCCAAAUGUUGCGCGAUGAUGGCCGAGAUGUUGCCGACGAGGACCUCUCAACAAGAGACGAAAUCCGUCUCGGAGAGUUGGUGAAAGAGAAGUACAAGACCGAUUACUACAUCCUCGACAAAUUCCCCGCCAACGCCCGUCCGUUCUACACUCACAAAGCCGAGGAUCCCUUCUGGACAAACUCUUUCGAUAUUUUCGUUCGAGGCCAGGAGAUCUGCACCGGAGGUCAGCGCAUCAACGACCCCAAAGAACUGCGAAAGAGCAUGGCCGCCAACGGCAUCUCGGAGGAUGAGAUGUCAGAAUACCUGGAAGCGUUCGACCUUGGCGCUCCUCCCCACGGCGGCGCUGGUCUCGGCUUGGACCGCGUCGUCUUCCUUCUCCUGAACCUUGGAGAUAUUCGCUACGGAUCUCUCUUCUAUCGCGACCCCAAGUCUCUCCCCAUGCGCUCCUUCCAUCUUCCUCAUCCCAACGCAGACACAACCAAAAUUUGGGCAGGCCGGGAACUGCCUCCUCUCGAGGAGCUCAUCGCCAAUUACGGCGACGCCUCCAACACAUCAUGGCUCGACGAGAGAUUCGAGAUCUGGCGUCAUAGCAGUGGCGCGGCCGUCGGCUACGUCAAGCAGGGCAAGUUCGCCAUGAUCACCGGCGACCCUCUUUGCGACCGCGGUCAAUACGAGGAAGUCAUUCCUGCCUUCGUAGAAUUCGUCACCAAGGAGCUCAAGCUCACACCAGUGUGGAUGCUCGUCUCCAACAAAGUCCAGGAAAUCCUUGGCCGACGGAUCGGAUGGCGCACAAUGUCCUGCACCGAGGAACAGCGCGCCGACGCCGAUCAACACACCGCCCCGGACAACCGCGCUGCGCGCCGGGUCAAGCGUGAAGGUAUCAAGAUCCACGAGAUCAAGCAGCUCAACGACGACUUCAUGAAACGCGCGGACAAAUCGAUCGAGGCUUGGAAGGAAAAGCGCAAGGACAAGAAACAGGUCCAUCUCACCGAGAUCCGCCCUUGGAUCGACCAGUCCCACCGUCGAUACUUCGCCGCCGAAAAAGACGACAAGGUCCUCUGUAUGGUCGUGCUGGCGCAGCUGGCACCGCGGUACGGCUGGCAGGUGAAGUGGGCUCUGGACUUCCCCGAUGCGCCCAACGGAGCGAUCGAGGUCCUUGUCGAGUACGCCCUUUCCUGCAUCUCCGGUCCCGUCACGUUUGGCGCCGGCGUCAGCGAGAGGUUUGUCCCCGGCCAGCACCUCCACGGCGUGCGUGCCAAGUUCUUGAGCAAGACGUACGCCGCCAUCGUCAAGAGCCUCGGCCUGGGCAGGAAGGCUGAGUUCAGGGACAAGUUUGGCGUACUGGGCGAGCAGGUGUACAUCUGCUACCCUCGCCGCGGUGUCACCUUGUUUGACCUGAAGGAGAUUGUCAAGUUUUUCAUGGACGAGGACAGCAGCUAA